GAGCAACCGUCGCACGCCCUUGGUCUGCGCGUAGUCGAGCGGCGUCUUGCCCAGCUUGCACUUGAGCUUGCCGUUGGCGCCGGCCUCGAGCAGCUGGCGCACCACCUCCUCGUUGGCGCGCUUGGCGGCGCACUGCGACGCGCACUGCCCGCUGUGGUCGUGCGUGGCCGCCAGGUGCAGCGCCGCCUGGCCGAGCGGGUCCUUGCGGUUCACGUCGGCGCCCGCGCCCAGCAGCAGCGCCACCACGUCCGCCUUGGCCAGCAUCACCGCCAGGUGGAACGGCGAGUCCUCCAGGUGGUAGCUGUAGUUGGGGUCGGCGCCCAGCUCCAGCAGCUUCUUGAUGUGGUCGCGCGUGCCGCACUCCACCGCGGUGUACAGCUGCUCGCACAGCGCCUCCUUGGUGGCGGCCAGCGUCUGCACGGCCGUGAGCGGCACGGGCGUGGCCAGGUGGUGGCAGGCCGGCGACGCGCCCACCUGCACGGGCGUGGC